AUGGAUGCGUAUGCCUGCGUUUACUUUGAGAAUGUUCCCUCGAUCCCCUACCUGUCUGACUUUGGUGCUUCGUGCUCCGGUUUCGUUGUGGAUCUUGGUCUUUCGUGGGAUCUGACAGCUCUGACUCAGGAGAAGUGCGCUGUCUGUUGGGAUGUACUGUCUCCAGGCAGGCAAUUACGUUGUGGGCACGUUUUUCAUGACGCUUGUCUGCGCUCGUGGAUUGGGCACAUGCCCACAUGUCCUACCUGUCGCGCAAACAUCCCUGAGCUGGGGCCGUCCAGGGGCGAUGUGAUACAGGAAAGGGAGUUAUAUGCAACUGGGUCCUCCAAUGUGGCUUCCCCAGCAGGUCAUAUCCCGUCCCCAUUGUCGCCUACCUCGGAGCAACAACGUCGGCUUCAAGCUGCGCAACCGACAACUACGGCAGACUCAUCUUCCAUCAGAAACGUUAGUGAAAAUGGUGUCUCUCUCGCACUUCCCAAUGCCGACGCCACUUUUGCUUCCAGGUCUCAUCAAUUGGGUUCCGGGCUGUCUGGAGUGGUGGCUCAGCUAGCCGACGAGUUGUCUACGGCCUUUGCUGCUCUGAACAAUAGGAGCGGCGUGGACAGUAGUACCAUGCAGCAUGUGUCAACGACAGUAAUUGUCAACAACCUUGUUGACGCUCGACGGGACAUAUUGCCCUCACACUCUCUCGGAAACUCUGACCUUCCAGUCAAAUUUCUAGGAGAAUUGGAAGCGGAAUUGAUGACCUAUCUGGAGCCCUCAGAAUCUACCGCUGAUGGGGUGGCAACUAAUGAAUUAUUGUCUCUCCCAAAGCAGUCCUCGGAAAUUGCUGGUCCAUCUGUUGCCGACCCAAGCCAACCAUCUUCAUUAUUAGAAGACCCUGAUAUAACAGAAGUCGCUCCCUCUCUCCCUUCAAGUCCUUUAGAGUCCUGUGAAGACAGCUCAGAGGAGGAGUCCUCACCCAAAAAGAUUGUGCGUCAGGCCAUUCGUGUGCUUCUGCUGCGAGCCGGACAGGCGGCCGAGGCUGCCCACCGCCUACGUUCGGUUAACAGGCAUCGACAUAGAGGCAAGACCCCUGUCUGCUCUGCCUCGUCUGCUUUUUACGGAGAACUACCUGCAGGCGAAUGCAACAUUCUCAGCCCACCAGUGCUCGAAGAACCCUUAAAGCCUUGUGAGGAGACACCUGCCAUCGUAAGGCCCUUCAUUAUUUUUGACGCCUUCCAAAACCGUUACUGGGAUAUUGAAGUUAAUAUGCAACUAGACUGA